AUGCGUCUUGAUUUUCUUGUAGCCGCUUUGCCCCUGACUCGUGCAGUAGCUCGAGGUCUGCCGGUCAAGAGUGUCAAGACUUCUGAUCCUAAAUCGGACGGGCCACCUUACGCCCUGCAAGAUGAUGGGCCGUCUUAUAAUCCUGAGGGUGAUGGCCCACGCCGGAUACCCAGGGAUUCCAAUCGUGAUGGCAAGGUAGACAUAACGGGCGACACCGACCUCGCAGGCAAAGAAAAGUGGACAGAAGAGUCCGGCGCACUCUUUCUGGCCAAUAUUGUCGAUACAGACCGUCGAUGCUCAUCCCAGAUUACUGGUCCAUGCGCGGAUAAGCUAGCCGACAUUUUCUUCCUUGGAACGACAUUACCAGAGAAGCCAGUCCUAGACCCAAGAAUCGAACAGAUGAUAAGGCUACAUACUACUGAGUGGGAGAAGAAGCUGACGGAAUAUACCAAGGCCUAUGGGGAGCUGCGCGGUGUAGACAAGCGAAUAUCUUUCUGCCAUGAUGCCUCUGAUGAUAUUCUACGCAACUCAAACUAUCUUGCGCCUCUUCGAACCGUGUCAAAUCCCGAGCUUAGCGAUUCGGCUACAGGUUCAAUUAUCGUGGCUAACGAGGCCGCCGCCUCGAACGUCCGCCUCUUUCAUAAGACUGGCGGGCAAUGGACUUUUGUCGGGCGAAACUAUACGUUCAAAGCCCAGGAUCUCAAGGCUGGUCUGGAACUUGGCAUUGACGGGCGUGAUGUUCGUCGUCCGGGAGGAUGGGAUGGUAGAGCGACAGUCGAGGUCAGGGUAAAGGACGGGGCGAGGGAGGCUAAAGACUCGGUAGUCCUUCGCGUUGCUCCCGUCUUGACACAACAUCAUGGUCAGCCCGCCAAGCAACUACUAACAGCAACCGGUUACGGAGGUGGUGGCCAGCAGCGUUUUAUGGAGGAGCUCAGAGGCAUUUCUAGCAAAGCGGGAUUGAACACGUCCCUCCAUAUAUUCGAGACUUCUAACUGCAAUCAGCCGGAUGAGAUUUGGGCCCAAGAUUUUUUUGAGCCCGGCUACAUGAGCAUCCCCGGAUCUGAUGGUCCUAUCAGCAUACACAUUUAUGAUACGGUCGGCGCAAGACUACCGUAG